UUGGGACUAUUAAACUGCAUUUCCGGGGCGAGCCGAGCAAUAGCGUUACUGUUAUUGUUGUAGAUGCAAUCAUCUGCGCCUCGUAUCGUUUUAUCCGCCUUAACAUCAUGUCAGCAUUUGGUCUUUUCCUGGUGGUCCUCGCGGUGUCUCUGGGGUCUGGAGACUCCAGGUUCGUCAUAGACCCUUUGUCAUUGAUCAAACACAAAUCUCUGACUUUGGAUAUGUGUUCAGAAUGCAGCCAGAUCGUCCAGCUGUCUGCCAACAUGAUCUCGGGCAGAGAUACUAAGGAGACUGUAUAUGAAACCUUGCAUGCUCUGUGCCAGCACCUCCCAAAAGAACAGGCCACAGAGUGUGAGUCACAGGUCAAGGCUUAUUUGCCAAAAGUCCUGCAGCAAACACCUGGUCACCUGAAACCAGGUGAGGUCUGUAUGGCUUUUGGAUUUUGUGUUGCCCACAAGGAGGAGGAACUGCUGAAACUUCCUCACCAAGUCACUGAUAAAGACACAUCCAGCUCAGCACUCGGCACAGCUGCCAGCACCCAUGAGCUGCUCAACCCAGUUUGCACCCUGUGUUUGUUAAUCAUCAAGAAACUGGAGACCCUGUUGCCCACAAACAUGACUGAGGAGGCUUUGAUGAAGCUAAUGGACGAGGUCUGUGAUCUUAUACCCGAGAGCUAUAAGGAGCGAUGUGAUGACUUUGUUGCCAAAUAUGGCACGCAGAUAGUCGAAUUCCUCUUAUCGUCUGCCGCACCUCACACAAUAUGCGCUCUUUUGCAUCUCUGUUUGUUCAAAGAGCAAACAGUUCCAGAGGUGUUCCUCCCCUCGGACUGCGAGUCGUGCCGCACGCUGGCCGUGCUGAGCCGACUGCACCUGGGUCCAAAUUCCACCGAAUCAGAGACUUCCUCUUUCCUUCAGUCUGUGUGUGUCCAUCACCCCAAUGCUGUCCCCAAGUGUGAGGCUUUCACCAAAAUCUAUGGCCCCAGACUGCAGAAGGUUUUGGGAAACCAGAUGGAAAGGACACAUGCUUGUGAAAGAGCCGAUCUGUGCGUUGCCUCACAAAAGGAGCCGCUGGGAAAGAAUCGUUGUACUUGGGGGCCAAGCUACUGGUGCAAAGACAUUCAAACUGCUCAGGAGUGUGGUAACCAGGCCUUCUGUGAGAAAUACAUGUGGAAUGAGUGAGCCAAAGUGCAGCUCUGACAAUAGGUGCUCACAAAAAACUGCUUUCUUUUUACAAAUAUUACACUGUUGAACCUUUCAAGUUUUCUAAAUAUAAAUGCACUGAUCAACUUUUUUUUUUCUUUAAACUUAAAUUAUCCACUGCAUUCAGUCUAUCAGCCAUAAUUAUUCAUCAUUAAAUACUCCGGUUUGCAUGAAGUGUCACAAGACUGAGGCUGGAAUUCAGUCUGAAACAUCAGUCCCUGCAGGGGUCAACAGUUUUGUGAACCGUGUUAUUCAGGACAUUGGUAUAUGUAUAUUAUGAAUGUGUAUAUGGCAAAAAAAAAUCAUGGUGUAUGUUAUGUAUUAAAGACCAUCUGGACAACUGCCUACUCAACAAGGCUACAGGGCUGUUUCUUCUGAUGUACCAUUCUACGAGUCCUGCUGCAAAACACCACAUGUUUAACUCCUUAUAUUAAAGGCUUUGUCAUUAAAAUUUAAACGUGCACACAGA